GGUCCGUUGGUGCUGGUGCAGCGUGUUCUGUCCUGUAGGCUGUAGUGGAUGGUUGCUGGGUGUCCUCUGACCACCCAAGAGACGCCUGUCAGCCGCAAAAUGUGUAUAAAAAUGUUCUGUCAAAGUAUCAGGGAAAAGAAAAACACUCCCAUUCACUGCUUGUGAAUUUCAACCCCCCAAAGAGCUCGUCAAGGCACUGUUUUCCUUCUUCCAAGGCAGAUUUUGCAUUUCCUCCCAGCUGUCACUGUCAGACCAUCCCAGGGAACAUCAGGGACAACGCCGUAUGUGGCUGGGGAGGAUGAGAUGAAUGAGCUCCUCGGUGCUCUGCUCUUUCCAAGGGUCAGAUAUUUCACGUCUUACACAACUCAGUCUCAGUGGAGAUCUAGAACCUCACUGGUCCCUGGGACACGGAGCACCCGCACUUCCCAGGUCCUGUACGCAGCACCACAUAGUGGAAGGACCAUGAACAAGGUCCUUCCCAAUCCAUUCCUUCCCCUUGCUCUGUCUCCUGCCUGCAGCUGUGACUUUGCCCCUGUAAAGGCUUUGCUCUCCCUCCUUGCAGACAGCCCGUCGGCUCCAGUAAAUGUCACAGUCAAACACCUGAAAGCCAACUCGGCCGUGGUGACUUGGGAUGUUCUGGAAGAUGAAGUUGUCAUUGGAUUUGCAAUUUCCCAACAGAAGAAGGACGUGCGGAUGCUGCGCUUCAUCCAGGAGGUGAACACCACCACCCGCUCCUGUGCCCUCUGGGACCUAGAGGAGGACACUGAGUACAUUGUGCAUGUCCAGUCCAUCAGCAUCCAAGGCCAGAGCCCUGCCAGUGAGCCAGUCCUCUUCAAGACCCCCAGGGAAGCUGAGAAACUAGCCUCUAAAAAUAAAGAUGAGGUGACGAUGAAGGAGAUGGCAAAAAACCAACAGCUGCGAGCGGGGGAAAUCCUCAUCAUUGUUGUGGUGUUGUUCAUGUGGGCAGGGGUGAUCGCCCUGUUCUGCAGACAGUACGAUAUCAUCAAAGAUAAUGAGCCAAAUAACAGCAAGGAGAAAGCCAAGAGCGCCUCGGAGAACAGCACUCCCGAGCACCAGAGCGGAGGGCUCCUCCGCAGCAAGUUUCCAAAAAACAAGCCCUCAGUGAACAUCAUCGAGGCGUGACAGCCUGCCGUCUGAUCGAUGGACCAUUCCUCACUCUCACCGUCUGCCGCUGAGCCUUGAUGGCCAGGGAGGUGAAAUAUUGUUGGAGCGAUUUGAGAAGAGAUCUAGUGAUUGUCACUUGCUGGCAUGCACCUCCUCGCCUGCGCUCUGCAAAACAUCUGGCCAGAAAGAAAGAUCCUGCAAAAACAACCCUGAAACCCAGACAAUAAAGAUGGAAAAGCAUCAGAGAGAGAGAGAGCUGCUGCCGGUGGUCCUGUACUGGACUCAUGAAUCACCUGGGCUGGAGCAACUGCACUCAUCCACGGGCUCCUCUGCACCCUCACACUCCAUCUUCUGGAACAAUUUCCCUGUCUUUGGAGAUAGACCAGGGUUUGUUGUAUCUUUAACUCGUCUCGCCGUCACUCCAUUCUGACAGUAUUAAGGUGAGCGCAGGCAUCACUCACUGUCACUCCUCUCCAAGCAAGAAAGGAAGAAAGCUCAUGGCAGACACGACACCGGCAACCAGAUCUCGGCUGCUGUGUGCCCCUGGCUCGCUUCGUUCCAUUGAUGUGUGUUGUGUAACACGUGCAGGUGGGGUUUAAAACAAAAAUAAGAACAAAAGGCGUACCCUGGCUCCCUUCCCCACGGCGAGAGCUUCCCCGGUGGCUCUCCAGUUGGGCUGCAGCACAUCUCCACCACUGCUGUCUCUCCUGUCUCGCACUGGUGCUCUUCAUCUUGGAUAAUCACAGCACACUGAAUGCUGAGGCUCAGACCAAUGUGGGGGGAAAACAGAAGCCGUUAUUUAGCUUCCAGGAUAAUUUCAACCAUUUUCAUAAUGGUCUUUUUCAGCCAGGCCCGACUCCACCACCAGUGUGAGAAAAGGCCCAUUAAAAUGUAGCCAGUCAGCAAAAAAAAAAAGAAAAGAAUAAACUCCCAAUACCGGUUGCUAUGCAAGGGUCUCCGGCAGCCACGGCCAUUCACUGCGAAAGGCUCUUGCCUAAGGGACCUUUUUCUGAGGGCUUAAGUUCUUAAAUUGCUUCUUUUCAUAGGGUUCCUGAGGGAAGGUCUGGUUCUCCCCACACGUCCUGUCUGCACUAUUUUUGUGGCGCUGUAAAGCCAGGCGCGUGUGGGAGGCGAUCCUCUGCGAAGAGGAUGGCGAGGAACAGAAAGGGGGCUGGGGUUCUCCUCUCUUUUACUAAGUGCUCGCUGUUUGUAAGCUGACAGGAUCCCCGGGACUGCUGGUGCUCUGGAAGCUGGGAGAUGCAAGUCCAUCACACAGGAAAGACUCACUCUGUAGCGUGCCAUGGGGUAUCUGUGUUUAUUUAACUACUCCCUGAGACCACUCCAUAUGCACUAGGGGAUGAGGCAAGAUCCCACUUGUUCCACCAAGUACCCAGACAGGUUGGCCCGAGUAGGGUUUGAAUCUCGUUACAACAAACCUGCAUUCAGAUGAGCCGGGUUUCGAAGUCCCUGCGAAGAAGCAGGCUGGCAGUAACAGAAUUCAGCCGUCCCUCCUCUUCCACUGCUACCAGCCUUUCCAAAAUAGCUGAUGUGGGAGCGAGGCACUGGGAAGUCUGCUUGUGGAUGUGUUGGUGAACAAGCACAGGCUUCCCUUAUGCCGGUUCCAGAAGGCAGGCCAACCCCAAAGGUCUCUCCAGUGGAUCCUUUGCCAGAACAUACUCGUCCAUCACCACGAGGGAGAGGUCGACACCUCUGAUACAGACAGAGCAAUAAACAUUUUAUAAUGUACAAUAAAAGAUUAAAAGCAUGUCUUGUGUCCUUGUGACGUCCAAAUUCAGGAACAUUUCAUCCUCGCUGCUUUGUGCAGAACACCUACAGCAGGUCAGGGGACUUCCUCCAUAUUUCCCAGGGAAUACAGCACAAAAUGCUUCCUCAGUGUCUGGGUGUAGAAAACCAAAGAGGUUCAGAGUGCACGCUGGCUGCAGGACGAGGGGGAAAGACCUUAAACCAUGAAUAGCACCACAGCCAUACCUAGCGAGACUCUUCAGAUAUGUCUGUUGUCUCCUAAGAAAGAAUGUCACUUGGAAUCCAUACCCCUGUAAAGGGAGAUCUCGGACAGAUGGCACGGCAUGUGCAGAGCGAUCGGGGAGAUGCUCUCCCAUAAUCCUAAAGCAGCAGCCACGCAGGCAGUCUCGGAAGCCUGUGAGCAAGGGAAUUCAGCCGGCUGGCUCGGCAGAUAG